UCUGGCUGCCGACCCCCAAUCUCCGCAUUCACUCCCUUCAGCUAUUUCUCCCCUCUCUCGUUAUUCUAAACUCAGUCGACCACCGUCUCGCACAGACUCAACACACCCGCACUUGCUGCAUCCCCACCCCCUGCUCUCGGUUCGUCUCUUUACCAGCUGUUCAUCUGCUGCUUGUUGGUGUCGAUCUGACUCCCUUUUCAAAACGGGCUUCCUCUGACAACGGUCACUUCCCCUUCUGAGCUCAGAGAGGCAGUGAAUCCUCACAGGAUGGACGCCAGAGAGACCUACAUGAACGUGAAAUUCGCAGAUCCGUACUCACGGUUUCCUUCUCCAGAUGGUCUGACCUCCACCUACUCAGAGCUGAUGAUUGGGAAAGGCGAGCCCCCCAGCGAUCAUGAUGUGGAAUCGCCCGUUGCCCCGGGACCGGGCGAGUGGCCAAUCACUACACAGACAGAGAGUCAGAAAACCACCUACUCAGUGGUGAUACUUCCAAAAGACGAGCCUCUCAUCAAUGAGAAUGAAGAUCCUCCCACUGCCUCGGGAACCGCCGAAAUAACAGAGACUGCACGAGCAGACGGUCUGAACUCCACCUACUCAGUGCUGAACCUGCCGAAAGACGAAUAUCUCGUGGAAGAGUACGAAGAUCCUCCCAUUGCCUCGGGACCCGCCGAAAUGUCAGUGACUGCACAGGCAGGUCUGCGUAAACAGGAGCCGAACAAGAAAAUCGGAAAUAGACCGGACCGUAAGAUCCGCCUACUCUGCCUAGUUCUUUCCGUGCUCAUCGCGAUAGUGGUCGGACUGUCAAUCCACGUAUCACAGAUUCGUCAGUCAGAGAUCACCACCGACCGAAACUACCACGUUAAACUCAACUCUUCAAUCCAAGAUAGCUGAGAUUUCUGCGCUCAAUUCUAGUUUCUCCGAUCUUAAACGAAGGCACAGCGAUCUCCGACACCAGUUCACUGAGAUGGAAAAGAAGUACAGAUCCGUCAACGAAACCGAGGCUCAAAUCUGUGAAUUGUCGACCAGCAGAAAAGAGCAAGCGUGUUCCCAGGAUUGGAUCAGAAAUGAAGACCGGUGUUAUUUCAUAUCGACGUUUACAAUACCUUAUGAUGGAGCGAAAGAACUUUGUUCUCACUUGGAUUCAAAGCUUCUUGAAAUAAAUUUUAUAGAAGAAGAGAAAUUUGUUAUCAAAGCUGUCAGCGAACAAGACAAUGCAUUCUGGAUCGGGAAAUGCAAAACUGGGUGAGA